AUAUAUACUCGCAGUAGUAGUAGUAGUAGUAGUAGUAGUACAUAUACAUUUGUUCGAGUCACAUGGAGGAGUGCUGUCCGUGCUGUUUGUUCAGGAUGGGAGCUCCGAAGGGACAAAAAGGUAGCAGCAGCAGCAGCGUGGGGGCGCAGGCGAGUCCGGACAUGAACAAACUGCGUCAGAGUCUGAGGAGGAAGAAGCCCACGUACGUCCCCGAAGCGAGUCGCCCGCACCAGUGGCACGCCGACGAGGACGCUGUGAGGCGGGGCAAAUGCAGCUUCAGCGUGAGGUACUUGGGUCUGGUGGAGGUGGAGGAGUCCAGAGGGAUGCACGUGUGUGAAGAGGCCGUCAAGAAACUCAAAGCUAGCGGGAAGAAGACGGUGAAGGCUGUGCUGUGGGUGUCUGCAGAUGGACUCCGGGUGGUGGACGACAAAACCAAAGACCUGAUCGUGGACCAGACCAUAGAGAAGGUCUCUUUCUGCGCUCCGGACAGAAACUACGACAAAGCGUUCUCGUACAUCUGCAGAGACGGAACCACCCGCAGAUGGAUGUGCCACUGCUUCAUGGCCAUCAAGGACUCGGGCGAGAGGCUGAGUCACGCGGUGGGCUGUGCGUUCGCGGCGUGUCUGGAGCGUAAACAGCGCAGAGAGAAGGAGUGCGGCGUCACGGCCUCGUUCGACGCCUCCAGGACGUCCUUCGUCAGAGAGGGAUCCUUCAGAGGCACCUCCUCCUCCAGCCAGCAGGGCGGCAGCAGCAGCGAGAGGGACGACAAGACGCAGGACAAGAAGAAAGAUCCUGCCGCUGCAGUCCCCGCUCUCCCGUCUGGCUCCUCCUCUCCUCCAGAGGGCGCCGCGUCCCCGAUGGAGCGUCCCGAGCCGGGGGGACCUCACGCCAUCCCUCGCCGCCACGCCCCCCUGGAGCAGCUGGUGCGUCAGGGCUCGUUCAGAGGUUUCCCCGCCCUGAGCCAGAAGAACUCGCCCUUUAAACGCCAACUGUCCCUGAGGCUCAACGACCUGCCGUCCACCCUGCAGCGCAAGACCGACUUCCAGACCACCGACACGGAUCUGGAGGUGGGCGUGGCCUGUGACGCAGACUCUGGCAUAAACGCGCUCUGCUCUCAGAUCAACUCCUCGUUCACCAAACCUUCAGAGGAGAUCUUCAUCGCUCCUCCUCCUGUCUCCUCCUCUUCUUCUUCUGCUGCUGCGGCUGUGAACGGAGCUCCGGUCUGCCCCAUCCCCCCCCUGCUGCCCCCCCCUCCUGCACCUGCCCAGGCGACGUCCUCGUGGGUCCAGCCCGACGCUCCGCUCCAGUCCCCUCCUCCCGUCUCCUCGUCCUCGGCUCCGCUCGGCCACAAACGAACUCCGUCUGAAGCCGAGAGGUGGUUAGAGGAGGUGUCCAAAGCCGUGAAGGCCCAGCAGACUCCUCCCCCCCCCGCGCCCGUCCAGAACGCGCCCGUCCUCCACCCCGCGCCCGCCGCCUCCGCCGUCGUCACCGCUCCGACCGGCGCCCCGACCAUUCCCGCCAUCCCGGGACCUCCUUCCGCCCUCUCCAAAGCGCUACCUCCGCUCUCAGGACAACCGCAAACUCCUCUUCCUCCUCUCCCGCUCCCGUCCGUCCCGCUGAUCCCGGCUCCUCCCAUCACCGGGCCGCCGAUGUCGCUUCCUUCCAUGUCCAUCCCCACCAUGACGGGCCCGAGCAUGUCCGGCGCUCCCAUGAUCCCGCCGGCGUCGCUCCAGGGUUCCAUGCAGGCGUUCCCGUUGGCGUUCGAUGCCAGCCCCGCUCCCGUGGGGAUCUUCGGAAGCCCGCCGGUCCAGCCCGCGUUCGUCCCGAUGCAGCCGUACAUGCCGGGGUUGGCGAGCGGCAUGGCGUACCCCAGCGUGGUCCCCGUGGUGGGCAUCACGCCGUCGCAAAUGGUGGCGAACGUUUUUUGCACCGCCGCUCCUCCCUCGUCCUCGACCAAAAUCGGAGCGGGGAGCGUGACUCAUUCCUACGCGUCCCCGCCCCCCUCCGCCGGAUUCGCGUCGCCGGCUUUUCCCUCGUCGAUGAACGGCGUUCCGAGCCUGGCCAACGGGUCGAGCGCCGGCGGGAGUGCGGUCGGCGUGGCAACGUGGCCGCCGGAGGGGAGCCAGCUGAUCGCGGGCGUCCUGAACCCGCCGGAAGAUGAUCGGUUUGAGGCGAAGUGGGCGGCGCUCGAGACCAAACCCGGGACGAAUACUCCUGCCGCCGCUCCUGCCGCCGCUCCUGCCGCUCCUGCUGCUAACCCUUUCUCCAAUAACCUGCAGAAGACUUUUGAAAUCGAACUCUAA